GCAGUUUUGAUUAUUUCAUAGGCUGGUUGUCUGGCGGCUGUUGUUGCGGCGGAAUCGGUACUUCUAAGGAGGAUCAUUAUUAUCCCUCGAUUCUCUCUGUUUCAGCUCCACGAGGAACAUCCUCAAUUGAAGCAGAGGAUCAUCAACAGCAGCAGGAUUCACGAACUGAAGAUGUCGAGGCCCGAAGUGCAAGCGCCUCCCGAGAUAUUCUACAACGAUGAUGAAGCUCGCAAAUACACUUCUUCUUCACGUAUAAUCGAUAUUCAGGAACAACUCACAGGGAGGGCUCUAGAACUUCUUGCUUUACCCAAUGAUGGAAUUCCUAGAUUGCUUCUUGAUAUUGGUUGUGGAUCAGGACUUAGUGGAGAGACAUUGUCUGAGAAUGGUCACCAUUGGAUUGGCAUGGAUAUUUCACAGUCAAUGCUUAAUGUUGCAUUAGAACGGGAAGUGGAAGGGGACCUCGUACUUGCUGACAUGGGUGUGGGUUUAGGGCUUCGAAAUGGAAUUCUUGAUGGUGCCAUCAGCAUUUCGGCUGUUCAGUGGUUAUGCAAUGCUGACAAGUCAUAUCAUGAGCCUCGUCUCCGACUGAAGGCUUUCUUUGAUACUCUAUAUAGAAGUUUGGCAAGAGGAGCAAGAGCAGUUUUACAAGUAUAUCCAAAGGACAUUGCCCAGCGUGAACUAAUACUCAGUUCUGCUAUGCGAGUUGGAUUUUCUGGUGGUGUUGUUAUUGACUUCCCUCACAGUACAAAGAGUAGAAAAGAAUACAUUGUGCUUACUUGUGGACCUCCCCAAUCCUUGAGCACUGCUGUGACCCCAAAAGCAAAAGAUGAAGACGACGACGAUCAAACGGUCUUAAACUCGGAGAGGAAUAGUAAAAGGAGAAAGUUAACAACAAAGAAUGGGAAGGGUGGAAAAGAAUGGGUAAUUCGAAAGAAGGAACAGAUGAGGAGGAAAGGUAACGCUGUUCCAUCAGAUUCAAAGUACACAGCACGCAAAAGGAAAGAUCGAUUCUGAAAGAAAACAUUGUUAUUUUUGUUAUUCAAAUAUUAUUUUAUUAAGAAACUUUAUUUUAAGAUUUAUUCAUUUUUUUGGAUGUUGAUUUACAACAGAAGUCAGUUGUGAUAUAUUUAAUGAUUGAAGCUUGUUUUUUAUUUACUUAUGAGAUGAAAAUCAAUCUAUUGUAUGCUAA